AUGGCCGAUGAAUAUGGUCAGAGGCUGACAGAGCUGCUGCACGCCUCGAAAGCCGAGGACGACGCGACGGAGGAAUGGGCGCUUCAGCUCCAUGCGCUCCUCGACUCUCUGGACCCACAAGGAAGCCGUCGGCGGCCACCGGACGACCCCUUGCACAGCAAGAGGAUGUUCAACAGCGCCGUGCGCAGAGCCAAGAAAGCCGCGAUGGGAGCCACAUCCCCUAGCGACGGCGGCGCUGUCGACGUUGAAGAGGAGCUGCAAGCAUUCACGCGGGCCCGCUUUCCGCGCUGUUCCCUGGUGACCAAGUGCGAGCUCUGGCCCAAGGCGGUGCAGAGGAAGAGCGUCCUCGAGCCGCUCAACACGAGCGAGCUCACAGAGGCGCUCGACGCGCUCGACGAGAGCCGGCCAGCGGGCCGGGACGGUCUCGAACCGCGGGCGCUGCGCAGAGCGAAUCGGCAGUGUGAGGCAUUUAGGGGGCGCUUCUUUCGUCUGCUCGACCGGUGCCUACGCCAGGGCACCCUGCCAGACCAGUGGAAAGAGUCGCGGGUGGCCGUGGUGCCCGUCGCGGGCAGCUGCUCAGCCUCGUCGUCGCCAUCGUCGUCGUCGUCGGAGCCACCGGCCGCUGCCACCGGCUCUUACCAGCUGACCUGGGUGCCCUGCGCCGCAAGCACCGUGGUCGACACGAUCGUCGCGGCGCGCUUCCGCUUCCUGUGCGCGGGCAAGCUCCCCCGAUGGGUCCGGUACGGCUCGGCGCUCGGGGUGACGGCCAGCGUGCUUGAAAAGGGCCGCAACACGCUGCGUGCGGGCCGGUCGACUGCGUGUGCCGUCGUCGACAUGGGUGCGAGUCUCCAGGACAUGACGCACAUCCGGCUGGGCGAGGAGUUCCGGGCCCACGGGCUCGAAUCGCUUGGGGCAUGGAUGAGGUCCUGGCUAUUUGGCCGAGUCGUUACCCUCUCGCUCCGAGGCACGGCGUCGCCCGACCUCGGGCUGGGCCUCGUCGGCUUCCCGCUCGGUGCGCCCCUGCCGGAUGUGUUGCCGACGCUGUGCCUCAACUCGUUCUUCCGCGGAGUCAACACGAUGCCCGGCAUCGCGCUGCAGGGCGCGCACGGCGACAGGGUCUUUGUCGUGGCCGAGGCCGAGUCUGUCUCCAGGGCCACCAGGGCGCUGCAGGACUGGUUCAACGACUUAUCCUGUGACGCGGCGUCGGCGGCAUGCUUGAAGCUCAAGGAUGGCGCCAAGCUCUUUGCCAGCCAGUCGGUCGAUGUCCUGGGCGUAUCCGUCGACGCCAACUUCAACACCUGGGGCCAUGUCGACGUCGCAUGCAGCAAGGUGUUGCGGUGCGUCUGCAAGAUCAAGAGGGCGUUCGACAGGUCCCGCCAAUGGCCAAGCAUCGAGGCACGCAAGAGCAUCGUCUUCGACAAGCUGCUCCCCAUCCUCGACGAGGCCUCUGCCGUCCUCCUGCCGCUCCGAUCGACGGAGCAGGACCGGCUGCGGAGCGCGGACAGCGCCAUCCUGCGCUUCAUCUUUGCCCCGGACAGCGCUGCAGUGCCGACCACGUCGCUACCAACCUCGUCCGUCCUGUGGCGCGAGCAUGGCUGGAUGGCGACCGAACGUCGCUGGCGGAAAGAGGCGCUCGUUUUCGGUCUGCGCACUCUCAGCUCCGAGGGCCCCGCCAGCGUCCUCGCUCGGGCGCUGCGGCACAUCACGCUCGAUCCGUCCGGACAAGCGCCGCAUCACCUCUCCUCGGUCCUCGGCGACAGCGAUCGAGUCCCGUGCCGGGAAGCGUUCUUCCUCAAGCGCGGCGGCGAUCUCGACCUCGAAGCGACUCGAACGGCGCUUCCAGACCCGCUGAGGGCGGUUUCGAUCUGCUUCGACUCCGAGGUUGAGCAGAUUGGGAUGCCGCCCUGGCCGCCGCCGUGGAAGUGGGUCAGCCUGGACGUCCAGAUCUCCGCCGAGGAAGACUGCGCGGACAUCGAGCCGGGCAUCGCAGAAGACGCCGACGGACCGCACGUCAGCGUCUUUACCGCGACCUGCGUGAGGGACGCCGAUCCGCUCUGCGCGGCGGCCGUCAACGCUACGUCGACGUGGCCCAGCUCGUCGUGGACAGACACCGUCACCUUUGACUUGACGACGAUGACCGAGCUCGACGUUGAGCUGCGGGCCAUACACCUCGCGCUGACGUCGUGCUUGACGCAGCAGGCGGCUAGGAAUGCGCGGUGCCCAUCGCUCCGGUCCCGCCGCGACGAGUUCCAGGUCCAGGCGGCGCAGAGGCCGCCCAUCUACAUCGACCUGACGCACUCGCCUCCCCUGGCAGCGAGGGAGCUGCAAGCUGUCCCGCCGAGGGCACCGACACAGGGCCUCUCUACGACGACGUCGGACGCGGCCGGUGUGUGCUUCGGCUCGAAUACCGUCGACGCCGGCGCAAAGAGACCCGCAAAACGCGCCAGAUUCGACAUGGCCGCGUCGUCGACGAGGUCCGCGUAG